AUGGAGGGUAAGCCUCAGGCGCUGGCGGCGGCGGCGUGGCGCGUGCGGCCGCAGCUGUGGCCGGCGCUGGCGCACACGCUGGCCGCACUGGUGUCGCGCGCCGCCUUGCUGCCCGCGGACCUCUGUGAGUGUAACCCUGAACAUUGUGCAUAUACACUGGAUGGAGGGCAAGCCUCAGGCGCUGGCGCCGGCGGCGGCGUGGCGCGCGCGGCCGCAGCUGUGGCCGGCGCUGACGCACACACUGGCCGCGCUGGUGCCGCGCGCUGCCCAGCUGCCCGCGGACCUCUGUGA